GAAAAAUAUUUAAUAUUUCACUCAUAAAAAUAAAAAGUUGAAUGCAAAAUUUUCAAUCCAUAAAAAUAAAAAAAUUAAAAUCUAGUAGGAAACAAAACGAUGUCGUUUGUUUAGUUCCCAUACUGGUUCCAUUCCAUCUGAAAAAUCGAUAACUACACGCCGUCUAUGGAGUCUGCACGAUGCCCUAAUUUCACAUAAUGAAACCAAGAUAAGAUUUUUUUCACUCUAUCUCUGUCUCGAAGUCUUCUUCUCCUAUCUCAAUGUAUACUAAUAUCUCAAAAGCUCAAGCAUUUCCUCUCGUAGCUAAAAUAUCUUCGCACCCCAAAUACUUCAAUUCACUCUCCACCAUUAAAACCCAAUUUUCACCACUUUCUUCUCAUAAAAAACCAAUCUUAACCAACCCCAGAUAUAAAUUUCAAACUUUUCAAACUGGAAAACCACCGAAUCCAUAUGGGUUCAUGUUACAAAUUGCUAGAAGCUACUGUGCCGCAACAAGUGCCGAAAAUCAACUUCCUUGGCUAGAAACAAGUGAAACCGAGGAAGGUAAAUUGGUGCAUAAAGCAAAAAGGAACAAUGUUAGAAGCUCUGUUCAGGAAGAUUCGGCCAAGAAGAAGGUGAAUGUUAAGUCCUCUUGGGAACAAUCCGUUGAUAGGUUAGAGUUACCAACGGUUUCAGAAUUUAAGCCUAGAUCACAGGAAAGGAAGAACGGAUUGGUUGGUGAUAAUGUGAGAGACCGUAGAAGCGACAGUGGUAGAAAAUAUAAUAAAUUUGAUGAUAGGAGGAGUGCUAGCAACACAUUUUCUAAACGAUAUGGUAAAGUCGACGAUAAGAGGAGAGCUAGCAACACAUAUUCUAACAAAUAUGAUAAAUUUGAUGAUAAUAGAAGUGCUAGCAACACGCUCGCUGACAGAUAUAAUAAAUUUGAUGAUAAUGUUGAAGAAAGAGUUGAUGAUGAAAUGGAGGAUGAGAUGGAGGAGGGUGUUGAUGAUCCAAGGUGGGAUAACAUAAAGAAUAAGUUCAAAGGGGUGGUUGGAGGUAGAGGUGGACCGGAAAGGCCUGAAUUUCGAAGAUGGGAUAGGAAUGAGGAUUGGGGUAGAAAGACUUGGAAAGAGGCUAGUGAAUCCACUUUGCCGAAGAUUGUUGGUGAAGGAAUCUAUGGGGUUGGUCCAGUUUUGGCUUCACUUUCAGCUGGAAGAAGGGAAUUCUAUGCAUUGUAUGUGCAACAAGGGUUGGAUUUGAGUAGCAACAAUAGGAAGAAGAAGGACAAAAAAGGGUUUGAGAGGGUUCUAAAGAUGGCUGAAAAAAUCAAUUUAAGUGUAAAAGAAGCAUCAAAGCACGAUCUGAAUAUGGUGGCCGAUAACCGACCUCAUCAAGGUUUGGUGUUAGAUGCUUCCCCACUUGAGAUGGUGAGAAUACAGGAGUUGGAACCUGUUUCAGUGGAGGAAGGAAAGGGUUCUCUUUGGGUAGCUCUCGAUGAGGUUACCGAUCCUCAGAAUUUAGGAGCAAUUAUUAGGUCUUCAUAUUUUUUUGGAGCUACUGGGAUCGUUUUAUGUGCAAAGAAUUCAGCUCCAUUAAGUGGUGUUGUGAGCAAAGCAAGUGCAGGGGCACUUGAAUUAAUGGAACUUAGAUAUUGCAAGAACAUGAUGCAAUUCUUAGUGUCUUCCGCCGAAAAUGGUUGGCGAGUUCUUGGUGGUUCUGUCUCCUCCAAAGCUAUUUCUUUGAAUGAGAUUGAACCAGGUCCGCCGACUAUUCUUGUUUUGGGCAGUGAGGGCACUGGUUUGAGGCCUUUGGUGGAGAGAUCUUGUACUCAGUUGGUUAAAAUUGUUGGUAAUAUUCCUUUAGACUUAAGUACUAGUGAAGUAGAAGGUGAAAGUACCGGUUUAAAUGGCGAGAGCUCUGGUAAAGAGUUCCUUUCAUUUUUGGCCGUGGAAAGCUUAAACGUUAGUGUAGCGACAGGUGUGCUUCUUCAUCACUUAAUUGGUAAAGGUUCUGUAGAUUCUUUGCCAGACGCGACAAAACGGUUGUCUGAGUGAGACUGCAAGUCCUCAGUUUAUUUAGUCUGUUUUCUUAGUGUUUCAUACAUUGUUUGUAGUUUCUCUUUUUCUAUCAUUUGAUCAGGUAUUAAUCUUAUUACAAUCAUGUCAGCAAGUUGGUCUUAUAUAGAAUGGGAUUAGUUAGUUCACAAAUUUGGCUGCAUUUUAACUUUAUGAUUCAAUUUAUUGAACAGGAGUAUGCAAACCAAAGAGAAAGAAUAACUAAAUUUGAGAAUUGAGGCUUAUUUUAGUUAUCAAUUUGAAGUUCUCUUAGUUUAUGGAUUUAUAUUAUUUUUAA